AUGGCGGAGCUGCGGCUGCCGGGACCGCGGGGGGACGGCCGGGACUCGCCGGCCGCAGACGCCGACCCGCGGGACCGCGCCGGGCAGGCCGAGGAUGUGCAACGGGAAGAUGCCGAGAGUGACUGGAGUGCUGACUCCUGGAGCGACUAUGGCAGCCGUGACAAACCAGGCACUACUUUGGGAAGGACUGUGCCAGACGGGAACGUGCUUUUCCCUGAUAUUUUUCACACCGAUCAUCUUUUAUUUUACGAGAGAUUCAGUGCUUACCAGGAUUACAUCUUGGCUGACUGCAAAGCUUCUGAGGUGAAGCAGUUCAUAGCUGAGUACCUGGAGCAGGUCCUUGAGCCCUGUGGCUGGCAGGCGAUCUGGCGCACUGAUGUAUUUCAGGUCCUUGUUGGGGUGGUUGGUGUGAAUUUCCCAGCCCUGAAGGCAGUUGUGCAGCUCAGUGAGCCAUUCCUGUGUGAGUCCCAGGACAGCAGCUUUACCCAGGAGUGCAUGCAGGAGCUCCUGCAGCUGAAGGAACAUCAGAUCCUGCUGCAGGAGCUGUGGGUUGUGUAUGAUGAGUCAGGAGAGUUUGACCAGACAGCACUCGCCAUAGAGCAUCUCAGGUUCUUCUACCGGAACAUCUGGAGGACCUGGGAUGAGGAGGAGGAGGAUGAGUUUGAUUACUUUGUUCGAUGUGUUGAGCCCCGACUAAGACUGCACUAUGACAUCCUGGAACAACGGGUGCCUUCUGGGCUGGUAGCUGAUUACCAGAACUUGUUGUCUCAAUGUGAGAAGCUUUAUGAGAAGUUUUUAAAUGUGAGGAACAGCAUAUCAAGCAAUGUUUCGGACUCAGAAGCAGAAAACGUUUCCAUGGUGGAAGGACUAAAAUUGUAUGACAAAGUGGAGCACUUAAAACAAAAGCUCAAACUAAUUGAGAAUCCUCUGCUGAGGUACGUGUUUGGUUACCAAAAGUACGGCAGCCUCCAGGCUAAAGGACCGAGACCAACGGGGGCCAAGGUCAUUCAUGUUGUGCCCUGGACCAUGACAGCAAGUCUGCUCCAGCUGUUAGCAAGGGACAAACUUUGCCCAGAAUCUUGUGAAGACUUAGAAAUACAGUUUCACUGUGAUCCACUGACAGCUGUAAAUGCCUGUUAUGAAGGAGACAAAGUCAUCAUCUGUCCUGGCCAUUAUUUUGUGGGUGGCGUGUUCUCCAUUGCUGAUUCAGUAGAACUAGAAGGCUAUGGCCUGCCAGACGAUGUUGUGAUAGAAAAACAAGGGAAAGGAGACAACUUCUUUGACUGUACAGGAGCCAAUAUAAAGAUCUCCAAUUUGAAGUUAGUGCAGCAUGAUGCUGUGGAGGGGAUUUUAAAUGUCCAUCAUGGGAAAACCACGCUGGAGAAUUGUGUAUUACAGUGUGAAACCACUGGAAUAACAGUGAGGACAUCAGCUGAGCUACUGAUGAAAAACUCAGAUCUCUAUGGGGCAAAGGGUGCAGGCGUGGAAAUAUAUCCAGGAAGUGUGUGCUCCCUGCUGCACAACGGGAUCCACCACUGCAAGGAGGGAAUACUGAUCAAGAACUUCUUAGAUGAGGAUUACGAGGCUCCCAAGAUAACCAUGGUUCAUAAUAUGAUCCACAACAAUGAUGGAUAUGGUGUGGUCUUGGUUAGACCAGCAAUGCCCUCUGAAACAAAGGAUGCUUCAGGACAGGGAAUUACAGGGAAUACACAACCUGCCCAGGCAAGUGAUGAGACAGCCUGUGCAGAGGUGUCCAGGCAAGAACCUGGAUGUGUAACUGAUGAGUUGGAGCUUUGUAAUCGAGCUGAGACUUCUAAACAAACUGAAAACAACUCUGAAAUUGCAAAUGUACUCGGGGCUGCUUCUGCAAAGAAGAGACAGAUCCACAAGAAAAGACUGAGCGAACUGGGAUUUACAGAAGCUGAUGACAACUUAAUGUCACAGGAGAUGUUUGUCUCUGUUGAGGGCAAUCAGUUCAAAUGGAAUGGGAAAGGAAGUUUUGGUAUCUUUUUUUUCUGACUGUCCUGACUCCUGCUGGCAUUGCAGUAGGAUUUGUACAGUUACUGAUCAGGUCACAUGCCAAGAGCUGUGCAAUGGUGUUAUGCUUUUAUUACCCAAGUGUAAUCCCUAUUAAAGGACUGCAGCUAGAAACUAACUUGGUUCUUCUGUCCCAUCUUCUCCAUGCUUUAAAUCUCCUGGGUCAGCUGCUUUUGUGAUGCAUCUUCAGGUGGAACUUCCUGGGUCAGUUCCUGCCUGUUCCUCCUGUCCCAUUGCUGAGCCCCAUGGAGCAGAGCCUGGUCCGUGCUCUGACCCCUCCCUUUGGACACUGACACGGGGAUGGGGUCCCUUCUCAGUCAUCUCUUCAGGCUGAGCAGGCCUGGCUGCCUCGUCUCAUGAACAAAAUGUGCCCUUUUGUUAAAUGCUUUUUUUAAGGUUUGGUGUGCUUGUUUAAUGGUGUGAGUGUUCAAUAGUGUGAAGCAUUUUUGUCACGGGUAUUUAGCACAUUCUUGGUCCUCAGGGAGUCACCUGUGCAGCUGUUUAUAAGGAAGUGCUAUUCAUUGAUAUGCAACUGCAGUUUUGGAGAGAAAUACUGCAGGUUAAAGCUGGUGCUUGGCUGGCAGAGUACUUUUGAAAUGGCUGAUACUCAUAAGGUGGUAUGGUAAAAAAGUAGUAUUUGAGAAAGGGUCCAGGAUUGUGGCAACAUUCUAAGGUCGUGCAGGAAUCAGCAUCUGAAUAGCAAACACACUAUAGUGCUACAGCCCAGCUGCAGGAACAUGCCUAGCCUGCAGCCACCCCUGCACAACCCAGUGCAAAUGCUGCUGUGUUCCUUCAAAAUGUGUUUUAACAUCUCUGUGACAUUCUUUUGUUCUUGGGACACGCCAUCCCCCAGAGUUUUCAGCAGUUACCCUCCAUCCUGCAGAAAGGUCAGUUGGUGCCACGAGUUUUGUUUCAGCCUCUGUAAAGUUCAGUCAAGUGUCACUGCUGGUGCAACCACCUGCCACCUAUAUAACCUGCAUCAUAGGUUUUUACACCUAUUUAACCUGAUAUAAAUAACUUUUUGUACAAUGUAAUGGCUGAUCUAUGGUUAACUAGCUGCUUAAUGCUGAAUAGGCAAAAAAACCCCAAACAAACAACUCACCAGGUGGAUUGUUUCAGAGAUAGAGAAUAGUACUAAUGAGAAAUGGGCAAGUGCAAAGACAAUGAGCCACAAAAUAAAGACUUUGGGCUGGUUAAGACCAGACAGACCAAGGGACACUGUAACUGGGAUGGUCUGAAAACAAAGUUGAAAAGUCCAGAUGCAAAGAAGAUUUUGGAAGCCUUCAUCAAAGACCCCCAGUGACCCCUGAACUGAGGAGGUGCACGUGCAGUGCAGAGGAACUGUCAAUAACCAUGAGCUCAAAGUGUGUGAAUGAGUUCUGGUGCAGAGGAAUUGUCUGAUAACCAUGAGCUCCAACUGUGUAGAUGAGUUCUGGUGCAGCCGUGGUGAUGUUGUAGUGUCACAGCAACACUGAGCAACACUUACUGUAUAAAUACCACAGAAAUUGGGUGGAGAAAUCCCUCUCACCUCCAGUGCUGCAAUAAACAAAUAUCUGCUCUAUAGACACCAGUCUAUGGGGAUUUAUUUACAGCCUAACUUUUGGGCAUCAGGUUUCUGACCACCUCAUAUCUACAGCUUCUGUACUAUGCUACUGUGGGAAGGUUCUGAGGAUAGUGCAGGAGGCGAUUUUCCUCAAUGCGUUACAGCUGUACUGAUUGCUGAGAAGUGGAGACAGCCUUGCCUGCCCAGUGAGAUGGGUGUUAUAAAAGAGUGGGUCAGCAGGUCAGGAGUAAGUUGGAGCUUAUGAGUCUGAGUCUGCUGCAGUUUGGGGUGCUGGCUGUCCUGUGAGGAGGGAUGGAUGGAUCUGGGGUCAUGCAAGGGAUGGACAAGGUAAGAUGUUGUGUGAGACAGACAGGGUUAGAUGGCUGAGUGGGGGACAGGUUGGGGUUAGCCAGUCAUGCAGAGGGAAGAAGGGCACUUGCAGAGAGGAGAGAAAGAGUCAGUGCUGUGUGGAGCUGCCUAUGAGGAAAGGAGUCAGAGCUGCUGGAAAGGAGCUCUGAGAGAAGGCAUGUAAGGUUUUUAAUAGACUGGUGUUGGUGCCAGUUGUGUCCAUCUCAACAUAAUUGCAACAUGCUACCCUUUUCUUCUUUGAGUUCCAGAAGUCUGCCUUAUGCCAAUGGUGACAGAGAAGGCAAAGCAAGACAUGCAGAGAAAGAAUAAGGUUUUACAACAUUAGAUCUUGAAUGACAAAGCAGCCUGGGAGAGCGUGCCAUCCUUUCCCUGCUUCUGAGUGUUGGUGUUUUUUGAGGGCAGACAGAGCUCCUGAUUACUUUUGUCUUUCAAAGUAUGAAAGAACCUCUUCCUUUUUUGAUUUGUUUGAAAUACAGGGAGAAAUAGCAGAAACCUUUUGGCCUUAAGAUGGGAUGACAGGAGGUGUGAAAGCCUUUGUCUUGCAUUUCACCACUUUUCUGUGUUUGAAGUCAUUCCCUUCUGCUCCCUGAUUUAAUGGAAAUAAACUCUAAGCCACAACUGCCUCGAGUAUUCCCUGUUCAGUUAUAUGUGUCUUGUGUUCCAUUUCCAUUCCUGGGGGUGGUUUCAUAGAUUAUCAUAUUUUUCUUUUGGCAUUGUAUCAUGUAGUAAUAGAUUGCUUUUCAGUUGUGAAGCUUUGCAUUUUCUUUUGGAAAUGAAAAUGCAAGCCUGUAAUUGUCUCACAGCAGAUCGAUGCUUGAUGAUUUUAAUUAAAAUAAUUAAAUUCAGAGACAGCAGCUGAAUUAGUUAGAUUUAGUUGUUAUUUCAGUGUAUCCAUUUAUGCAUGGACAUUUCAUUAUGGUAAGUUUUAUUCUGCCUUUUUGGCCAUGUA